UGUCUUUGACUGGAGACCAACAAGAAGAGAGGCGGACGAUAACAGCAUCCAUUGCUGUUAUUCAGCCUUCACUCAUCUCAAUGAACUGCUCGCAGAGAAGCCACUGAUCGUGCCUCCUGCUUCUUGCAGGGCAGAGAUACUGAUCAGUGUCUAAAAACUGCAUCCCUUUUUUUCCUAUGAGAUUAUUUUUUCAUAGACUCCUUUUUUAAAUUUCCAAGGUCUCUGUAGCCUAUCUCUUUCCACCAUGGUGCUAGGAAAGGUAAAGAGCUUCACAGUAAGCUACGACUGUCUUAAUGACAGCAAUGUUCCCGUUUUCUCCAGCGGGGACUGCGUCUCAGGGAGGGUGAUCAUCGAAGUCACCGGAGAAAUCCGUGUGAAAUCUCUCAAAAUCCACGCAAAAGGAUUUGCAAAAGUUCGUUGGACUGAGUCGAGAAACGCUGGAUCCAACACUGCCUACACGCAAAACUACACAGAAGAAGUGGAAUAUCUUAAUCACAAAGAUAUUUUAAUUGGACAUGAGAGAGACGAUGACAACUCUGAGGAAGGACUCACCACUAUCCAUUCAGGAAGACAUGAGUAUGCAUUCAGCCUCGAGCUUCCGCAGACACCUCUCGCUACCUCUUUCGAAGGGAAGCAUGGCAGUGUACGCUACUGGGUAAAGGCAGAACUCCACAGGCCAUGGCUCCUGCCCAUGAAGACCAAGAAGGAAUUUACAGUCUUUGAGCACAUUGACAUCAACACUCCAUUAUUGCUGUCACCACAGGCCGGCACAAAGGACAAGACGCUUUGCUGUUGGUUCUGCACCUCAGGUCCUAUUUCCCUAAGUGCCAAAAUUGAAAGGAAGGGAUACACCCCAGGAGAGUCGAUUCAGAUCUUUGCUGAGAUCGAGAACUGCUCAUCCCGCAUGGUGGUGCCAAAGGCAGCCAUCUACCAGACUCAGACCUUCUAUGCCAAAGGGAAGAUGAAGGAGGUCAAGCAGUUGGUGGCCAACCUGCGGGGAGAGUCUCUGUCAUCAGGCAAAACUGAGACCUGGAGCGGCAAGAUGCUGAAGAUCCCACCUGUCUCACCCUCCAUCCUGGACUGCAGCAUCAUCAGAGUGGAGUACUCUCUCAUGGUAUAUGUGGACAUACCUGGGGCGAUAAACCUGUCCCUGAACCUGCCCCUGGUCAUCGGGACCAUCCCUCUCCACCCAUUUGGCUCUCGUACCUCCAGCGUCAGCAGCCAGUGCAGCAUGAGCUGGCUGGGCAUGGGUCUGCCUGAGAGGCCUGAGGCUCCUCCAAGCUAUGCAGAAAUUGUGACAGAAGAGCAGAGGCAGAGCAGUCUGGAUGUCCCAGCAGCCCGCGAGGAACUGGACGGACCUCUCUUUGCCUACAUUCAUGAGUUCCGCUUCCAACCUCCCCCUCUGUACUCUGAGAUUGAUCCUAACCCAGAUCAUGCCAGCCGUACAGAGGAGCGCAGGCUUGACACCUGUCCAUCACGCUGAGGGUCUCCCUGAAAUUCCCCCGACUGUCUCGGGGAACUCAAAGGAACUUGCUCACAAGGCUCAGCUUUGAUUAGUUUUCUCUGAUAACAGCAUUCACAAAAUGCUGUUGACAUCAAGAGAAAAACAAAAUAUCCAGUCAACCAACAAAGACUUACCCUCAGUUGGAUUGGGUUGGACAAAUCUGUUCCUGCCUCCCCUCAGUGAGAGAAACAGGAGUCACUGGUUUGGGGUGUCGCUUCCUUCCAGUGUCAGCUUGCUGAGGGUGGAAAAUGUACAGAUGAACACAUAUUCAGUCUGUAUGGAAACCCUCUCCCCAAGUAGUGAGAGCCCUGGUGAUAGUAUUGACGAUGACGACGAAGAAUCACCGAGGCUCAGCCUGCUAAGCUCCUCUUCACCCUUGAUUCUUCUGUACUCGUGGCACAUAAGGACAUGGCUCCUCACACAAAGGGCAGGACUAAUCAUGUCCAGAUUUCAGCAGAAUCACCUUAAGAAAAUGGGAUGAAGAGAAGAAAGUAACAGCAAUGUUCUAACCACCAUAGUCUGUAUGAAUGAAAGCUUUCAGCAGCGGCGGCAGUCAACAACAGAGCAAAGAUUAGGUCCUCCUGUCUCAUUUGGGAUUUUGUUUUGCACAUUUUAUUCUUUACUUGACUUGUGUGGCUCUGUUUAAUGCUAAUUUCUUUUUUUUUUUUAAAUCACUAAUAGUUUGGUUUCAGCCUUGCAAUGCACCAGACUUAAGACUAUGAGGCUGCAGGCUUAACUUUUAAGGCUAUCAUCUGCCUAACUUUGAGCAACGCUGAGAACAGGAUUUGAUUUUUGAAAAACAAAAAAAAAGACUGAAAAGUAUAAGAACAAUGCACUGAAUUUGUUUAAGCUGUUUAAGAAUUUUCAUUUGCUGAUUACAACGUUUCCGCGGUGACUAAUAACAACUAGACUGGACUUUUACAACAAUUGCAACACACUAUUCCCAUCUGGAAGCUCUUUAAAACGUUGCCUCCGAAGCUUGGAUCCAAGUGUGGCUUCCCUCCUCUUGAGUUCUGUUCUGUUAUUCUGUUCUUGUAUUCAGCUCCAGUCACAGAAUAGCUUUUAGCUUUUUUUCAGUUUUGAGGUUGCUCUGGAUUUGGACUAGGAGGGUUGCAGACCUGCAUUUGCCACUCCAAAUAGCAGCUGACCGGAAAAGUGUGUAUGCACAUGUGUGACAGAAGUUGGUACAUUGUGGAGGGACUCACCCUAAUUGCCUGCAGCCCCUCUACUCCUAAUCUCAGGGCAAGCCAGGCUUGCAUAACUGCCCAAAACGCACUGUCUCAGGUGGUCUUCUCACUUGCCAAACGGUUGUAAAAAAGAGAAAAAAAAAUGUAUUUUUUUUUUAAAAAUUGCACUGUUAACAAUGAGUUUUUUUUUUGUUUUUUUUUUUAAACUACCAAAACGAAAGAACAGACCUGCAGAGAAGCAAGGCAGCUUUCUGAGAUGAAUCACAUUCCCUUUUUGUCUUGCUGCACUUGCCCACUUCAUCCAACCACCAGUUAGCGUUUACUAGACCAGUGAAGCCAGAAUGCUUGUUAUAAAAAGAGGAAUGAGACUGUUUCUGCAUUAAAGAAGCAAACCCAGCACAAGUGAAAAGCUGGGGACGUUGUUAAACUUCUGUUUAAACUGGUCAGAACAAGUAGUAGUAGACUGAAAUGAGUAAUACAUUGGUUUUCUAACUCAUUAAAGAUAAAAGACCAGCUGUAACAGAGGUUUGACAUAGUCAAAAGAAAAUAAGCAGCACUUUUUUUGAUAAGAAAAUAAGGAAAAAAUGGCAUUCAAGGGUGAAGGUCUGGAGAAAACCCAUUUGGUACUAACGAUGUAAUAGUAAAGGAUUUUUCGGUAAAGCAGUGUUGUGUAGGACGUUCAUGCAUUAUUCAAUCUUUUUCAGAUAGUAACCCUCUUUUUUUUUUUUCUUAAGUUUACAUUUUGAAACGUAGCUAACACAAGUUUGUAUGUGAUGAGUGUGUGCACGCUCCUAUCAAGAUUGAGCUGGCAACUAAAUAUACAGCUUCUGACAGUAAUCGACAAACUGAAGAUUAUUAAAGUGAUCUUAUCUUAGUGGCCUUGACACAGAGAAGACCUGAUCAUGAUUCUUCAUUUUUCAGCGUCUAUGCUAACUCUUGUUCUUGUUUAUUAUGUUUGUGAACACCUGUAUGUUUAAGACCUUUCUGUGUUUAUUCAAAAGGACAAAAAGGGAAGAGAAAAAAAAAGUCCUUUAAAGCAAGUGUUUUUAAAACGAAAUGACAUCUUGGACAGGCCUCUUGAUUGUGUUAUUUUUCUGAAGCUGGUGAGGGUUGGCUAUUAUCUUUUUUUCUGUGUAUUUCUGGGCAUUGAUUUAGGUUGCUUUUUAAUUUAACAAGCAACCUUCUUGAGGUAGUCUCCCUGACCUAUCUGAUCCCCCUCCAGCCUGGGGGUGGCAGCUGUUGACCAGCACCCUCCCCCCCUCCUCCCCAAGAACCUUUUAGGUAUCAUGGAAUAGCAGACAAACCACUUCUUCUAUUGUAAACUCAUGUUAUUUGCAGUUCUUUGUUUGGAUUUUAUCUUAGGGAAGCUGAAUCAAGCUACUUGGUAAUGAAUAAGCUUACAUAUUUGUUUCAGGUUGGUCAAUUCCACAGUCCAUUUGAUUGGGCCACAGAGUAGUCCAGUGUCAAAACUAAGCUAAACUCCUGACCUAAUAAUGGCAGGACCUGAAAUGUUCAGAGAUAAAGAACCUGGGAGAUGGGAUCUGAAACAUUUUAGAAACAAAGUGCAAUAUUACUCACUGAAUUUUCUUCAUUCUCCAUUUUUAUGUUUUUUAAAAUCUUUUUUUGUCUGUUAAUCAUGAUGACGUAUAGAUAUUCUAUGAAUAUACUAUGUUCGGAAUGAUUUAACCUAUUGUCUAGUUCUUCCUUUUGAUUUAAAUAAACAUUUUCUUCUAAAUUACA